GUUUGCGAAUGCACAAUUCAUAUAUAAACUUGAAUGUAUCAUCAGCAAUAAAUAAGAAUUUAUUCAAGUGACGAAUAUUAAAUAGGUACAUCCAAUAUGAUUAAAUUUGCAGUUUUGGUUGCAGCCCUUUUGGUAUUCAUGCAGAUGAAUUCUGCAAUGGGUCAACCAGGACAAGGCGGUAUGAGCGGUGGAGGAAGUGCGGGCGUUGGAUUCGACGCUAGUGCGGGUGCUGGUGGUGGAAUGGGUGGAACGCCUGGAAUGGGUGGAAUGCCUGGAAUGGGUGGAAGUGGAAGUGUAGGAAUGAGCGCUGGAAUGAGUGGAAGUGGGAGCGCCGGCGGGUCUGGAAAAUAAGGUUGACAGUUUUUUUUGUAAUUUAAUUGUAAACUGUGUUUUAAUUUAACGGUAAUUAAAAAUAUUUAGAAAUU